AUGGCAAGACUCAUCAAAUUGCGUCACCUCGAUAUUACCGGGACACUAGGAAUCAAAGAGAUGCCACUACAGAUAAGCAAAUUCGCAAGUCUACAAACACUAUCUGCAUUCAUUUUGGGGCACCAUGGUGGAUCUAGCAUUUCGGAAUUGGGGGAGCUUCAGCAACUUAGGGGCAGUCUAACUAUUUUCAAUCUUCAAAAUAUUGUCAAUCCAAGAGCAGUUGGGCAACUACCAUUACUCGAAGAGCACUAUAUCAUUGGAUUUGAUGCGGUUGAGACAGUUGGAGUUGAGCUCUAUGGAAAUGAAUUAUCUACUGUCAAGCCCUUUAGGAGUCUUGAAAUUUUAUGGUUUGAGAGGAUGUUGGAGUGGCAGGAAUGGACUUUCUUUGAGAAAGAUGUUGAAGGACAUUUUCCAUGUCUUCGAGAGCUUCAUAUACGGAAAUGUCCACGGCUGAGCGGGACACUGCCGAACUACCUUCCUUCAUUGAGAAAACUAAUGAUCAUCGAUUGUCAGCAACUUCUGGUUUCACUUCCACAAGCUCCAACCAUCUACGAAUUGCAUUUGGGAUAUUCAGAUAAGGUGUCUGUGAAGCAUAUUGUGCCUAGACUGCACAAGUUUACAAUCAGAGGAUUCUCCACACUCGAAUCUCUACCUGCAGGGAUAAUGCAUUGCCUUCUUUUACAAGAACAGAAAAUCUGUGAUUGCCCAUUUAUGUCGAUGCUUCAAGAUGCAACGUCAUCGACUUUGAAAAGACACGAUGUCAUGAGGUGCAAGAGACUAGAAUCGCCUAUGUGCUCAAGUUAUGGCUCCUUGCAAACAUUGCAGAUAUCAUUUAGCUGCUAUUCUCUGAAGUCCUUUCACCUACAAUCAUUCCCUAAACUUAAUCAUCUUCAAAUACGAGGAUGUAAUCUAAAUUCUCUUUCAGUUGCAGAGGGGCCUAAUCAAGUUCUUCCAGCUCUCAGCUCCCUCAGAAUCAGUUUAUGCCCGAAGUUUGAGUCGUUUCCUGCAGGCGGACUGCAUAUUCCUAAUCCCACGGUCCUCGAAGUUUCGGACAGUAUGGAGCUAAAAUCACUGCCUGAAAAUAUGCACUCAUUUCUUCCAUCACUCAACUCAAUGAAGAUAUGCAACUGUCCAGAACUCCAGUCCUUUCCUGCAGGUGGUUUGCCUUCGAAGCUAAACUCGUUUUCAGUCUCCUUCUGCGAAAAGUUAACCGCAAACCUCAUGGACUGGGACUUGCAGCAGCUAAUCUCACUUGAACAAUUCAGUAUCCGUGGACAAUGUGAAGGCAAUGAUUCUUUUCCAGAGGAAGAUGAAGACAAUGGGACAAACGGUGCAAAUUGUAAGCAAUUGUCAAAGGUAGCUGCACAGCAAGCUGGUGGGUUGAAAAUUGCCAAUUUGCAACAAUGA